AAAUGUCUCUUGCAUCCACCUUGAAAACCAGGAGGAGCUACCAGUCAAAAGCAAAAUUAUUGCUGCUUUUUGCUUCCUCCUCCUAAUAAAUUCCAUCACUUCCCUUUCCUUAGUCCUUGUACGUUUUUUCCCUCCCUCUCUCUCCCUUACUGCAAAUGUCUCAAGUCCUCUCAAAAUCUCCAAAACACUGCGGCGACAAGCAAGGAGUAAACGUUGACAAGCUCUAUAAGAAGCUAUUCUACUCCUUCUCUACCUUAAUCCUUUCCAUCCUAUCCCUCAUAUUCCUUGUUUGGCUAAUCCUGCAUCCUUCAAAACCAGAGUUUUCUCUCCAAGAAGUCAAUCUCUACCAACUCAACCUCUCAGGCACUCACCUUCUCAACUCCUCCAUCCAACUUACUCUACUCUCCAAAAAUCCAAACCAGAAAGUUGGAAUUUACUAUGAUGAGCUUCAGGCAUAUGCCUCUUACAAGGGCCAACAGAUAACUGUGGAUACCUCUCUUCCUCCUUUCUAUCAAGGGCAUGAAGAGAGAAACAUUCUAACCGCGUCUUUGGUUGGAACUGGGUUACCCGUGGCCUCCUCGUUCGGUUAUGAAGUGGGGCGUGACCAAACGGCUGGGAAAUUGGUACUGAGUCUUAAGAUGAACGGAAGGCUUCGUUGGAAGGUGGGGACUUGGGUGUCCGGGCGCUACAGGUUCAAUGUUAAUUGUGUUUCUAUCAUGGAUUUUGGACCUACUAUCCCCUCAGGUCCACUGAGUUCCAAGCAAGGGACUCAGUGUUCCACAACAGUCUGAAUGAAGAUUAACAUAUGUGCUUAGCAUACAUUAAGCGCAUAUGUGAUUAGCAUCUGAGGGAUUGUUUUACUAGGAAGCCUUUUUUUCCUUUUUCCUUUUCGAGGUUGGUUUGGGAGGUUAAGUUGCUUGUGAGUGCUUGUAAAUUAAUUAUGAAUCAUAGGUAUGAACGUUACAAUUACAACUACAAUGAAAAGCUUGGUUGGGUUGUUUAUGUUA